CUCCCGACGCAUUUGGUCGAGAGGAAUAAGGGUGCCGCCGCCGCCGCCGCCGCCGCCGCCGACCGCCACCGGUCCAGCACUCUCCUUCCGCCGUGUCGCCGCCGCAUCACUUCUCUUUCAUCCAUCCGAUCAUUUUUCACCAGAACGUCUGGUUUAGCUCGGUCACUCUUCCAACUAAGAUAUGUGUCUCUCGGACAAUCGAAAGAAUUAGGGUGGAAAAUAUCAAGUUUGGAUCAGUUUAUCGUGCAUUUGAUGAACAAACGAGCCCUCGUACAUCGUUGCUGCAUAAUUUGGCAUAGCAUGUUAUUGAUUUCAUAUACGCUAAUAGUCAAAUACACAAUUUGUAUUAAAUUGUAAUUGGGGGGCAGAGUUUGCUUGGUGCAAUGGCUGCUUCUGCAAAAAUUCUCACUCUUGAAAAGCCAAAGUCAACUGGUGACUGGACAAUUGUUUUGCCUCGUCGUGGUAGGCAGAGAAGGAAUUUCUCCAAAAUUAAAAACCUUGAACAACAACAGCCUUGGGUUCCACCCGACGUCAUGUCUGAUCCUGAUAGAGAAGCGAAAUUGAUGAAGAAGAUGCAAAGCUAUAUGAAAAGAGUGGAGAGCUCUCCGUUUUACUGCACUUUUAUAAAUCAAAUUCAGACUCCUCAAAUCUUGGAUAGCAUUUUUAGGGUUAUGGGCUCUGAGCCAAAUAUGCAAAUGGUGAUAUAUGGUAUAGGUAGCAUUGAAUCAUAUGAACCCCCUCGAUUGCAGCUUUGCCUUGCGAUCUUGAUGAAGAGAAAGUUCCGUUGGGUUGGAGAAAUAGAGGUGUUUGAUCCAAUCAUUUCUGUAACAGAAUCUAGGGUUUUGAAAGCUCUUGGUUGUUCUGUUCUAUCAGUCAAUGAACAAGGUCGACGACAAGCUUUAAAACCAAUGCUGUUCUACAUGCCACACUGUGAGGCGGAGUUGUAUGACAAUCUGCUACAGGCAAAUUGGAGAGUGGAUCUAUUGAAUCAUAUAGUGCUGUUUGGGAACAGCUUUGAGACAUAUGAGCAACAUGUUUCCAUCAUAAAAAACUCAACUAUUGUUGAUUUGAGGAAGCAUAUAUUGGCUGUUAGGAGCUUCACAAAAGAGUUUGGAAUAGAGACACCUUCAGAUGAUUAUUUUCGAGCUUUUCACGAUUCCAGCUGGCAUUUCUUUAAUCCUGAGAAAGAGAUGCAGUCUAUCAAAUUAUGAUGGAGUUUGUUAAUCAGCACACUGCAUCCAUUUUAUGAUUGAAUUUGUUAAGAAUUAUGAUAUUAUUUUAGGACAUUAUUCUUAUCUGUCCUUUAAUUGCUUAAAAACAGUUUGAUUUUUUCCCUUUGAACCCAAAUUAUACGUAAUACAUGUUCAAAUUUGGGUCA